AUGUUGCUUUUGGAGAUUUAUUAUGAUACAACGUACCCUACAAACAAAUAUGGUAUGAUUUGUGGACCUUUUGUUGGUAUGAAUCAUCAUAACAAUAAUGUCAUGCUUGGUAUUGGCUUCUUGAUCAAUGAAAAAUGGGAGUCGUUUGAGUGGUUGUUCAAUACUUUUUUGAAAUCCAUGGGUGACAAACAUCCUGUGACAAUAAUGACUGACCAAGCUCAAGCAAUGGCCAAAGAAAUUAAGGUUGUUUUCCCAAAUUCCCGACAUCGAUUAUGUAUGUGGCAUAUUGGAGAGAAUGCAAAGAAAAAUAUCAAAGGACUUAGAGCAAAGAAAGGUUUUAAUGAUUUGUUUGAUAUUGUUUUGAAGUAUACAGAUACUAUUCAAGAAUUCGAGAACUAUUGGUCAAGCAUGCAAAAAACGUACAAAUGCACAGAUAAUAAAUGGCUGCAAAAUCUGUAUAAUAUCAAAGAGAUAUGGUGUCCUGCAUAUUCCAAAGAUUAUUUUAGUGGCGGUGUUAUGUCAUCUCAGAGGAGUGAAACUAUGAACAAAUCAGUUUCCCGUCGACUACAUGCCACUCAUGGUCUAUGUGAUUUCUACACUACUUUUAUUGAGGUUGUUGAUGAGUGGAGGAGUAGAGAAGGUAGUAAUGAUUAUGAUAGUAUGACCGGAAAUAGUCAUUUAGUUUGGGCAGAUAUUGGACUGUUGGAGCAUGCUAGGAAGAUUUAUACUAUUCAAAUCUAUGUACAUUUUGAAGACAAUUUUGUCAAUGGUGUUCCUUGCACGGCCAAGCUAAUAGGAUUUCAACCUCCUCUUUAUGAAUAUCAUGUUGGGCAUCUAAAAAAGGAUUUGAUCAUGCAUACUGUUGCAUUUGAUGAAUCAACAAUUACUGUUGAUUGUACUUACAAAUAUUUGGUGAGGCAGAGAUACAUUUGCAAGAGAUGGACAAAUUUUGCUAUGUGCACUAGAGUUGAUGACAAUGAUGUUGCUGAAAUGGGUGUCACUCCUUGUAGUGUAUGGAGAUUGUAUCAUAUUCGUACAUUUAUCACACUUGUAGAUCGGGCACAGAAUGACUUGAGUGCUCGAGCAGUCAUUGAGGAAGCAAUUGAAGAAUGCACUGCUAGGAUUAAGCUCUGA